UUAUGCGCGCUUUGAAGCAGUCGUAUUUCAUUGAUAUAAACGAUUAAGUAGAUCUUAAGCAGGUGUAAAGAGCGAUUGGAGUCAUAAAAUACUAGUAACGCCUGUCGUCAGCUACUAGAGUAGUUUCACAGUUCAAACGUUUGACAGCUGAGAAUUGUUUAAGUUUAAAAAACUAGUGGAUUGCUAUUAAUUGCUUAAUGGUUUCAUCAUCGAUGAUGAUUCAAGUGAAAUAACACUUGCACGGAACAUUAUACUUUAUUUUUAUUUUUGUAACAUUCAGUGAUAUAAAACAAUAUUCGACAAUGCUUGGCGGGAAAAAGCAGCAGUUUUACGUGCAGUUCCUAGGCUGGGUGGAAACGAACGGGCUGCGGGGCACUCGCUACACCGAGCCCGUGGUGAACGAUCUCCGUCGGAAGGCAAAGAAGUGGAAGAACGCGCCCAAACUGACCCUGCAGGUCGGCAAGAAGGAGAUGAAGAUCACACAGGACAUCCAGGACGAGAAGAAGAAGGGGAAGAAGAUCAAGACCAUAAAGUUUCCAAUCAUCCCCUCCCGGGACAUCACCUUCGCCCACCAGAGCUUCAACCCAGCCGACGGCUCCCCCGACGACAUUGUGGCCUGCAUCUACCUCGGCUAUGUGCCAAGGACUCAAAGGUCCGUUCACGUGCACGUGUACCGAUUCGAUUCCCCGGACACGGCGUCCACGUUCGCCCACUUCCUUAAUCACAUCGUCUCUAUGCACGCGGAACGGACGGCGCAGAUUGAGCGACAGCUCAUACAGGAGGGUCACAUCGAAGCGCCAACCAGCAACAGCUACGUCGCCAUCAGGGAAAGGCCGCGGACUGUCCGUCCUGACUACAGACUGGAGUCUUCUGACGGAAUGAGUGACCGGGCGUUUUAUGAGGAUUCCGGUGCCGAAUCUGGCUCGUUCAGCGACGAGGGUUUCCCGUCUGGUAGCGAUGACAUUGAACCUGACCUACAAAGUCUGAAAGACGCUGUUCCAUUUGAUUCUGUUACCGAUGAGCUUAAAGCCCGCCUUCAGCUGACAGAAACCAAGGGUGCAGCGCCUCUGUUAUUACCACCAAAAGACUAUGAUACAAUAGUGCGGCGACACGGGGACAUUGAUAAGGCAACCAAACGGAAAUGCCUCCAGAUACCUAUUGUUGGAGGCAGGCUCAGAAAUGGCUCCGAUGAGAGUGGUAUUGAAGUACCUUCGCCGACGAGCUCUGAGGGCAAACACAAUUCAAUAGAUAUGUCAGAUGAUAGAAUAAACAACAGCGCUCAGAUCAGUUCUACCCGGACAAGUUCGAGGAAUUCCUAUGAAGUGUAUCCAGCAAAGGAUUCACCAAUGUCACCAAGAGGCAGCGGUUACGAAAAAUUUCGGGUUUUAUCUCGACAGACCUCUUCCGCGUCCGGAAUGAGCAAUCGGUCGUCGGGAACGGGGAAUUAUUCCGCCCCUGGCACACCACGAUCGGCUACACAAAUGUACAAUGGAAAGCAACACAUUGCCGACAUCCCUCCGGCGGACUAUGACAAUGAUGCUCCUAUCCUGAGGCAAAAGUCCGCCGCCGGUGGGUACUCCCACAGGGACCUCACGAGAAGCAUGCCGGCGUCCAUGCUACAACAGGAGAUGGACUAUGGGUAUGCGGUUGUCCCGAAACGCGCAAAUCGUCUUAGCGCAAGGUCCUCAAACAACAGCCCCGCGAUGUCCCCGAGAGUUGAUAUGGACUAUAUUCACCCAGGACCCCCCAAUGUCCGGCGGGUGAACUCCAUGUACAGAUGAGAGGUCAUGUCCCAUUGCGACUAACAGUGAACUAACAUUAACUUGACCUGUACAUUGAUAGUGUACGAAAUUCAUUCAAAUGGUGCUGGACAAUUUAGCCAUACAAGGAUGCGAGAAUGAAGUUCUGUGAAUUCAAACAUCGCUUUUGAUAUUCGCCUUCACAGUUAUGAAAUUAUACGAUAGGGCAGUGUAUUGGAGCAUAUAAGUUAGGAAGGCAUAAUUAAUGCAUUAUUUUAAAGAAAUUAGGCGACCGAUGUCAUGUUCUUGUAUGCUGGUGACCUCAGUCACCUCAGACCUUACCUUUAACAACAAUGAACCUGUUCAACAUCUCAAGUGCCCCGAGGCAAGGACACAUUAUCACUACAAUUAUGGCAAUUUAUAAAACAUUGAGAAGUUAAUUCGAAAUAUAACUAUAGAUUGAAGAACUUGGGUAGGUUCUCCCACCCGAUAUUGGCCGAUGCAUGAGACGCUGGUCAAUUGUUAGGCUAUUUACAAGCUUUUGUACAUUUGUAUAUAUGCAAUUAGCGAGUCUGUACAUCUAUGAAAUAUAAUGCAAUCUUUGUUGCUUUAAAUGUCGCUGUAGUUUGUCAGUUGUUACAACGGAAGUAUAGAUCUUUGUUAUUUAUGCAAUACCUUUAUUAUUGUUAUAUAGGCUUUACAAAUUGUUAAUUUUCUAUGUAGAAAACGAAAGUUGCGACUGAUUGUCCCAGUGAAGGCGCAACUUUCAUGGAAUGUGCAAUGUUAUUUUUCUGUGUAUCACCUAAUGCCGACCAGACAUGUCGAUAUGAGCAUUUUGAUUAUUUGUUCGUAAAUAGAUAUUGUUAAAAAUGUAUUUCGAGUGCGCAGGAUUUUGGGCCUGUUGAUCCCACCCCAUGAUUAUUACACACACACAUUCUUUUCGACGAGAUUGCCUCAUGAUAGCAUUGUAUUACCUAAUGUUAACCAACACGCUCGGCUGGAUACAGAUGUAUUUCAAAAUUGUUAACAUUUCUCCAGUUUUAACGUAAUGUCUGUCCCGUAAUCUAUAAAUUCCUCUUUAGUUUGAACUUUGAAAUGAACAUAAUCAAUAUAAUAUUAUGUUUUAUCAUUAAAAUUCGCUGCCUUAUUGUUUUUAUGUACAUAUUUGCAGUAGUUAUGUAAUUAUUUAUAUUUUUCAUCACAUAUGUUGCGAAACUGUUCGUGCCGUGAAAUCCUGGUUGAGUGGAUAUACCUACCUCCGUCAGAAUGCUUAACAUACAUAAACAUUUUAAAGUGAGAGUUUGAAUAGUAAAAUGAGAUUAAAUAAUGCCGGGAACACCUGGUUUCUAUUUACAUGAUGAACUGUCGCCACUUUAUUUAAAAAGAAAGCAAUGAAAUGGAAUAGGUUAGAACAAUAAAAUUGAAACAUUGUUUUGGUAGAUAAGACACAAAUAGUGAAACAUUGUUUAAACGCAUUCACUUUAAAUGUCGUCUGCUUUGUUAAGUGUUUUAUUGGUAUUGAUUUCGCGGGACAUUUUGACAUCGUGCCAAACAGUUUAUUAUCAAAACUUAAAAUGUAUUUAUCUGUUUAGAAUAUAACAAUCCCGAUUACAUUUGUAUGGAAAAUGAAAAUACUUCAUCGAGUAAAAUAUACUUUUAACUAUCGAUGAUUCUAAAGCAAAUAGCUUUAAUUCAAAUAUUUCUAAACGGAAGGUCACUGCAAAGUAUGCAAAUAUUUGUAGAAAAUUGCGAGAAGCUUGAAGGAGCGGCUUAUAUUUAGAUACAGACUUCUUAAUCCUCUGUCUAUUAAAACAAGGCAUUCCGGGCCAAAUAUAGAAUUAUAGUUUAAUCAAAUAUUUGGAUGAACUAUUGUAUCUCAUUAAUAAGGUAUUUUUACAUGUAUAGCUGUCAUGUUGGUUUAUCUUGGAGCACGUUUGUACGAUGACGUCACGUUUUCUCUUGUUGACGUCACGUUUGCAACUGACGUAUCUUGCAACUUCUGCUUGAUAUCCUGAUUGUUUUAUUUUGUUGUUUGCUUGUAAACCUGUGAUGACUGUUUAUUCCCAGUGUCUUGUCCCGAAAUGCACGCUUACACAAAAUAGUAUAUAUACGAUAUUUAAUACUUUUCUAUGGUAAAUCAAAAUGUUUCGUUUUGUUGUAAUAAAAUGUUGAUGUUAACAAAA